UCAGCAGCUGACAUCUUCUAUCAUCCCAACCCACUCCCUCCCAUUAAUUUGCUCAUCUUUUAAUUGGAGCUACAUUGCGAUGCAUCUAUUUUUUUCUACAGAAGCUUCUUAAUGUUUCAACUUUGCGUUAUUUUAUACCACUCUGCUCCAACAAUAGAAAAAACUUCGCCAGAAACAGAGUGGAGUCCUCAGAUCUGCUUGCUUGCUGUUUUCCUGCUCUCUCACCCAGCCGCCAUAUUCCCCUUCCACAGGUGGAGUGAGAAGGAAAGAGGAGGACAUAGAGGCCGUCUCAGCCCUCUUAGUUUCUGUAUGUUGUAAUGCAUGGUCAUUUAUAGGAGGGGAUGAGGUAAUUUUCCUGCAUUGCAACGCCGGAGGCUGACCGGGGAAGAUGUUUAAGGUGGCGAGAUGGCGGAGCGAGAAGAACAAGAUCAAAGCUGUGUUCAAAUUCCAGUUCCAGGCAACCCAGGUACCGCGGGCUGGAUGGGAGAUGAUCAUGGUAACCUUGGUUCCUGUAGAUACUGGAAGACCAACUGCGAAAUCAGAGAAGGUUGCGGCGACCGACGGGACCUGUCGCUGGGCAAAUCCAAUCUAUGAAACUGUGAGAUUAGUCCGCGAUCCAAAAACUGGAAGGAUCAAUGAGAAAGUAUACCGAUUUCUUGUCUCAACAAUGGGAUCAACCAAAGCUGAAGUCCUGGGAGAAGUCACCAUUAAUAUGGCAGAUUAUGCUGAAGUGUUUAAGCCCUCCUCUGUUUCUCUCCCUCUGAAGGCAUCGGACGCAGGAGCUAUAUUGCAUGUCAGCAUUCCCAGCAUUCCCAAUUUUUGGAGUGGGAAGGGUGAUGGUGAGGGAAGAGAAACUAGUGAAAGUGGAGAUACAACAGUCAGACAGCAACAAAGAACAUUGCUGAGCGAGUUAAGCAGGUGCGAUGAAGAGGAAGUCUCCAAAGCUAUCGAAGGCACAAACAGCAUCAACUCUGUGGAAGACACCUCGAUAAUAGACAGCCAAGGACAACUAAAAUUUUCAUCUAGCAGAAACUUGCCCCUUCCUGAUGAUUCGAAUGACAACCUCAGAAAAUCUCACAGCUUUGAUGCUGUAUCAGCAUUAGGCUCAGAUACUAGUUCAGUAUAUACAGCAAAAGAAAAUGGAUUCAAUCAUAAGAACAUCCAUCAGGACUCACCUGGCUUGCUGUCACUUCUCAGCAACAGUGAUACUCCUCAAAAGCUGAUGACCAGUUCGAGUGACUGGUCUGGAAGUUCAGCUCCUGAUAGAAGCACUGAUGGGUCAACAAACAAUUCAGAAGAGGCUGGGAUGAGAGAGAGAUUGCAGGACCCAGAUGAAACCCUUGAGAAACUAAGAAAUGAUAUUGUUUCUUUGACAAGAAAGGUAGAAGUAUCAGACCUGGAACUGCAGACUCUCAGAAAGCAAAUUGUUAAGGAGAACAGACGAGGACAAGAUCUUUCAACAGAAAUAAGUAGCCUAAAAGAGGAAAGAGAUGCACUCAGAAGGGAAUGUGAGGAACUCAAGCUCUCCCAGAAAAGAAUGAACGAUGAUAAAAAUUUUAUAAAUAAGUUACAGCCCGAUGGAGAAGAUCCAUGUUCGAUGCUUGAAGAAAUUAAGAAAGAGCUGAAUUAUGAGAAUAAUAUGAAUGCAAAUCUCCGGUUGCAACUGCAGAAGACACAAGAAGCCAACUCUGAGCUGCUACUCGCUGUCAGAGAUCUGGAUGAACUGUUGGAACAUAAAAACAGGGAAAUCUCCUCCAACAAAUGCAGCAAAGUGGAUAUCAAGGAGGAAAUCAAUGGGCAUUUCCAAAAAUUGGAAUUUGGAAACAAAUUCUCGCAUCUGCAGAAUUCCGAAUAUAGACAAGAGAUACUCAAAAAAACUUCUGAACAUGAUAGCGAAAAGCAAUAUGCAUUGGAUGCAUUAGUAAAGGAGGGUGAUGAUAUGAAAGUGGCAUUUUCACUGGAAAAGAAGAUCAAAGAUCUUAACAGUGAAGUAGAGUUGUACAAGAAAGAUCGUGAAGACUUAGAAAUACAAAUGGAACAGCUCGCUCUGGAGUAUGAAAUUUUGAAACAGGAAAACCAUGAUAUAUCUUCAAAGCUGGAGCAAACACAGCUGCGAGAACAACUCAGGAUGCAGUACGAAUGUUCAGUACACUUAGCCACAAUCAACGACCUUGAAACCCAUGUAGAGAGUUUGGAGAAAGAACUUCAGAGUCAGGCUGAAGCAUUUGAAGCAGAUAUAGCAACUCUAACACUAGCCAAGGUAGAGCAAGAGAAAAGAGCCAUAAAAGCAGAAGAGACAUUGAGGGAGACAAGAUGGAACACUGCUAGCACUGCUGAACAGCUCCAAGAGGAAUUUAGAAGGCUUUCUGAACAAAUGAUAUCCACAUUUCAUGCAAAUGAGAAAUUAGUCAUGCAAAGACUAGAUGAAGCUAGUGAACUGCGUUUGCAAAAAAGCCAUAUGGAAGAACUGUUACAGAGAACUAGCGAAGAGCUUGUAUCAGUAAAAGGCCAGUACUGUGUUAAAACGCAACAGCUACUAAACCUGAUAGGUUUCAAAUCAAAGGAAACGGAUAGGCAACUCAUGGAACUCAAAGAUAAACGUGAGGAGCUUGAGAAGCAAAAGAAAUAUGAUGAAGCAAGGACAAAAGCUUCAUCAGAAGAAAUGCUGUUACUCAGAGCUGAGAUUGAAGAGCUUAAAAGGGAGAAAAAUCUUCUUGCUGAACAGAUAGAACAGAAAGAAAAAUUGGUAGCCGGGAUGGAACUAUUGAAGACUUCAACUAAAGUAAAUGAGAAGCUGUUGCAAGACAAAAAUUUGGAACGAGAUCUGCUUGCGAGAGAAAUCACAUCAUUGAAGGAGGAAGUAAAUAGAUCACUGGCAGAAUCGAAUGAACUGAGGCAUGUAAAGGAUCAAAAAGAGACAAUGAUUAGAAUGCUAAAUUCAGAGGCAAAAAUCCUUAAAGUACAAAUCAGUGAUUUGAAAAUUUCCUUGUCUGAAGAUCUCCUGGAAAAAGAGAACCUGAUGAAACAAGUUUCUGACUUAAGGAGUGACCUUCAGAAGAAGGAGGACAUGAUCACCAGUAUGGAGAGAAAACUUGAGGGCUAUCUCUCUAACAAACAGACAGGAAAUGUGCUUGAAGAUGAGGUCAUACCAACAAAUAUUGAAAGUUUCAACAUUGCCCAAGUACAGAACAGAAAGGAUUACGGUAAGAACUUGAAGUUUGUCAGCACUGACAAUAUCAAAAACAGUGAGCAUCAUGAUCGAUACCCCAGGAUGGGAGAUAAAAAAUGUAGACAUGAAAUAAAUGGUGCUAGUAAAGAACCAGUCAUAAGCAACAAUGGAGCUAAUUCUGAGAAAGGAGGAAGCUUUGUUUCUUGUAGCUGUGAUCAACACAAGAUAGCCGAGACAUUAAGUGAAAUGGCAGCACUGAAAAAACGAAAUUGGUCAAUGGAAGCUGAGCUAAAAGAAAUGCAAGAAAGAUAUUCUGAAAUAAGUCUCAAGUUCGCAGAAGUAGAAGGUGAAAGGCACCAGCUUGUGAAAACAAUCCGGACUCUAAAAAACGCUUUGAAGAAUUAGUGUUGUACAAUUUAGUUUACUUGAGAUUGUGUUUCCUGUAUAGGCAAGCAACUGCAUGCACCAGAUGGCAGAUCCAGGACUUGCAAGGCAAUUAGGGCUUGUCAGGAGAUGUAUAGCGUGUACAUCCAUAUAUAUUCUUUUUUCCAUUUGGAUGUUAUAUAUGCUUUUUAUGUUGGAAAAUGUACAAGUUCCAGUUAAAUUUGAUUGAGUGGCAUACAAAGUCCUACACUGAUGUUGGAGUGCUUAAAAGAAAUGUAUGAUAUUGUGUUCUUCUUUCAAGGUUUCACUUUAAGUGCAAGCCUGAAUAUCAACAUUUUACAAAUUUGGUGGUAGACAAUAUCUACAUAUAAUAAUAAGCCAAAAUAUUUCAUCU